AUGCCAUCCGACGGUCUACGUCUUGGUUUCAUCAUCGCCCACACCAUCUAUAUAAUAAUCAACACCGUCAUCUCCUCAGUCGUCGCCGGCUCCCUCACCUUAUUCAUCCCCCACAUCAUCUCCGCCGUGAUCUGGGCCACGUACAUCCCUGCCGCCUUCAUAUUGCCCAUUAUCCGCCGAAGGACCAACGUCAGGACAGUGUUCGACAGGGCUUGGGGAGAGAUGUGGUACAUUGGCGCCCAGCUGUUCCUCUGGCUUGUGAGUAUGGGUCUAUCCAUCGCCCAACGUACUAGCUCCACCUGUGAGCGCCCUUAUCCUACCUACCCCGUUGAAUCAAUCUGGUUACAAUGGGGUGGUAUCAUCUGGGACACGGAUCGCUUCUGCCGGACCAUGGUCGCCAUGGCAGUUGAGAGUGGUAUCCAAUCUCUGCUUUUGAUAGUGUGGAUGGUGUUACUGGUGAAUAUUGUCAGUAAGGCGAAGAGAGAAGUGAGGGGAGGGUGGAAGGUCGGCGUGGCCGAGCUGUUGAGGGAUGACAAAGAGGCCAAGGGGUACAAUCUUGAGAGAGAUAUCAGCCAUGUGUAG